AUGGUUAAUCGAGGGGCCUCGCAAGGCUGCGUCACAUGCCGACAACGCCGCGUCAAGUGCGAUGAGAGAAAGCCUUGGUGCAAGGCGUGUCUUCGUCUUGGCAUUGAGUGCACGGGCUAUGAGAAGCGCGGGCUGAGAUUUAAGGAUGAGACUGUUCGAUAUCGAGCGGAUUCAGCGGCCGUAACGCGCGUCAGCAAACGCACGAAGCAAUCAUCACUUGAGAGGACGAUCAUUCGGUUACCAUCAGAUCACCCGCAAGAUCUUGCUGUACCAUUCUUUCUGACUUAUGUUACCGAUGUGGGUCGAAGUCUGGAAUCGACAAGAGGUUUCUUGGAGUUUGUCCGUCCUGCUCUGGCGUCCGAGCGACAUGAUUCAGCUUUGAGCACUGCAGUGACAGCUACAUCAAUCAAAAUCUGGUCCAUGAUCGGUAAACUGGGCCCUUCAAGUCCUCUUCCCUACCAGCUCCUAGUGAAAGCUUUGAGUCGGCUCCACCAAGCCACCGAGGAGCCUGCAGAGAGAGGUCGUGAUGAGACAGUGCUAGCGGCUCUUGUCCUCCAAAUGCACGACACCUUAUCAGCUGUAUCUGGCCAAGCCAGAGCACAUGGCGCGCAUCGCGAGGGGGCUCUGACUUUAUUGUUGCAGCGCGAAGACUGUUUCAAGAACUCAAAGUAUUAUGCUCAUCUUAUUGGCAACCUUCUCCACUCCAGGGUAUCCGUUUCGGUGAGGAACAGAACACGGCUACCGACGAAGGAUCUUGAGUGGAUCAAGACUGAGGUUGCUCCGAUCCUGCCGAGUAAUCCGAGUUCAUCUCUUGACAUGAUUGGAGUAUCUGUCGCAGAUCUCCAACAUGCGUUCCGUGGUAUCUCACAAUCAACAUUACUCUCCUGCCCUGGUACUAAGCUACGGCAACAAAUCUGUAGCUUGGAUACUCAGCUGCGAAACUGGUUGAAACGAAUACCAGAGAGUUGGUAUCCACGACGAGUGAAAAGCGGUAUCGAUCUCAAUCCAUCAGUUCCUUCAUAUUGUGGCGCUUGCGAUAUCUAUCCAAGCAUACAAGUUGCGAAUAUCUGGAAUACCUGGCGUAUCUACCGUCUCAUUCUCGAGGAUAUAAAGGACCAACUCACCAAGACCUCUGCACGGUCUGCGGUUCAACAUUUCGAUGCCGAUAACAGUAUGUCGGAAUAUGCUAUGUUUUGGACUUCCAAUGAACGCAAAGUCCAAGAGCUUGUUGAUUCUAUAUGUCUCAGCAUCCCAUUCUAUCUAGGCAACUGUAAUUAUCCUCACGAUAUACUCUCAACGGGAAGCUCCGACAUCAUCUACCCCAGCUACCAUGAUUUACCUGCCGAUGAUGAAGGGUAUCUGCGGUUUAAGGCAAGCGAUCAUUUGCAAGCAGUGGAUACAGUAUCGAUAGCCAAGACCUUCGCAAUCAAGGCAGAGGUGCCAGCCGAGUUAUGGGCACUAGGCCUCCUUGCGCCACGCAAACUCAAUCAGCUCGACCCCAAGAAUGAGGCUCAUUUCAAGCGACACUGCAGACCCGAUGCUAGGGGAAAGUAUGGCGUUGAUCAUGAAGGUUAUGCACAUGACCUAGCCUAG